AACCAUUGUAAAUCCCAUCCAGAGUCUCUGUGCAUCCUUUGGACAAAACGGGAAAAAACACGCGUCUCCCCCCUCUUUCCCUCAGCAUUUCGGCUCCGUCCCCUCUGUGUGCACGGUGCGGGCAGCCAGGCAGACAUCGAUUGGCCGGGGUUCACCUGAGUUUUUUUUAUUUUUUUUUUAUUUCCCCAUCCACGGGCGUUCAUUCACAGCCGCCCCGCAGUGUCUCCGCCGGCAUCGAAACGCACGACAGAUUUCCCUUCUGCGCUCCUGGAGGUGCGGAGAUGAAGGCAGACCGCACGUUUGUCUGUCGGACGUGGAUUGGAAUAGCGCUCGCAUCAGGUCUGGUGAUUGGCUUUUCUAUGCCUCCGCCCGUCCUCGACGGCAUCACGGGCGACCGAGUGAUUGCCGUCCACGAAACGCUCAGCAUCACAUGCAGGGGACAGCGCACGCUGGCUUGGGCUUGGCCCGAUAGGAGUCUGGUGGCGCGGGAGCCAGCGGAGCGCCAGGUUCAGCUGCUGACGACCACGAGGCCUGGGCAGAGGGCGGUGUCGGUCAGCGAGUGUCCGGGGGAGGCCGAGAGGCCGUACUGCAAGGAGCUGGUCCUGAGCAGGGCGCUGGGCAGAGACACCGGCAACUACCGCUGCUACUACCAAGACGUCAAGGUCGUCACGGACGCGGCCACCGCCGCCAGUGUGUACGUCUUCGUCCGCGACCCCGAGCAGCCCUUCCUCAACGGAAAUGAAAUGCAGACCAUCCCAAUCACGCGGGCCGCGACCCACGUCACGGUGCCGUGUCGGGUCACGGUGCCUGAUCUCAACGUCACUCUCCAAGCGUUCCCCCACGCGCUCCUGGAUGAGAGUCGGAUGACGUGGGACAACAAGCGCGGCUGGUCCAUCCCCAGAGACAUCCUGGACCGGGCGCCCAUGCUGUUGGGAGCGGGUUGUGAGGCCACGCUGGGAGGCAGAGUGCACAAGUCCAUCACCUACGUCUUCCACGCCACAGGAAGUGAGAUUUACAAUGUCAAGCUGCUUCCUGAGGAACCGGUGGAGCUGAUGGUGGGGGAGGCUCUCAGCCUGAACUGCACGGCUCUGGUGGAGUUCAACGCUGGGGUGGACAUCCAGUGGUCGUACCCCGGCAAACAGACAAGCUGGGUGGAGACCAAGCCCCAGCGCGACGCUCUGGAGCACGCCACCAGGGCCGACAGCGUCCUGAGCAUCCCCAGCGUGAACGUGACGGACAGCGGCCCGUACGUCUGCAACGUCACCAGCACGGACGCGACGCUCACCAGGCAGACGCGGGUGGUAGUUCACGAGGAGCCGUUCAUCAGAAUCGCCUACAGAACCGGGUCGGUGCUGGAGGUGACCGCCGGCCAGAAGUCGUUUAAGUUGCAAGUGAACGUGUCGGCCUUUCCCACACCUGAAACCCAAUGGUAUAAAGAUGGAAAGCUGAUAAACCAGCGCCCUGAGUUCAGGAUGAAAAGGGUGAGGAUGCACCUUAAUCACGCUUUGGAGAUCAAGGACGUCUGCCAGGACGACGCUGGACUUUACACCGUGGCGCUGAGGAACAGAGGCGCCGCGCUGGAGCGGAGGCUCAACAUCACUCUGGUUGUUAACGUGCCCCCACAGAUUCAUGAGAAGGAGGUGGCUGAGCCCUCCAGCCCCUACCCCAGCGGCAGCAGCCAGACCCUGACAUGCACCGCCUAUGGUCUGCCCACUCCCCGUGUCAGCUGGCAGUGGAGGCCCUGGGGCCCCUGCGUGCUCAGCAACAGCACCCAAAGCAGACAGGUGCGGCGGGACGGGAGGGGCCGGAGCGACGGCACCGGCGGCACCGGCGGCUGUCACCGCUGGCGGGGCGUCCACCCGGAAAACCACACGAACGAGCUGGAGUCCGUGGAGGCGCACGACGAGGAGGUGGACGGACGACAAAAGAGGGUGAGUCGGCUUCACAUUCGCAACGUCACCGUUUCCGUCGUGUACAAGUGUUCGGCGGAAAACAAAGCGGGCCGAGACGAGCGGCUGAUCCACUUCUACGUAACCACCGUCCCUGAGGGAUUCGCGGCGCACGUCCGGCCCUCGGUGGAUCCCCUGGAGCAGGAGAGAGCGUCUCUGUCCUGCACCGCCGACAACUACACCUACGAGCAGCUGCGCUGGUACCGCCUGGACCCCCGGGCCCUGCCGGAGGAGCAGGGCAAGCCCCAGGAGCUGGACUGCAGGAGCGUGCGCCUGUACGCCCACGCGCUGGACACUAACCUCUCAUUCCAGGAGCCCUCCAACAGCUGGGUCCUGGACUUCACCUUCCCCUCCAUAAAGCUGCAAGAUGAGGGCCAUUACGUGUGCGAGGCUCAGAACAGGCGCAGCGGGGACAAACAGUGUCUGUUCAGAUACAUCUCCGUCAAAGCCUUGGAGGCGCCGCGGUACAAGCGCAGCCUCACCAACCAGACGGUGAACGUGACGGAGUCUCUGCGGAUGGAGUGCGACGUGGAGGGGAGACCCCUGCCCCACCUGUCCUGGUUCAAGGACAGCCAACCCCUCCAUCAAAUGUCAGGGAUCCAGCUGCAGGACUCGAACCGCACCCUGAGCAUCCAGCGGGUGAGAGAGGAGGACGCCGGGCUUUACACCUGCACGGCCUGCAACCAGCGCGGAUGUGUCCAGUCCUCCGCUGCCGUCAGGGUCCUCGGUUCAAGCGACAAGGCCAACAUAGAGAUCGUGAUCCUCAUCGGGACCGGGGUCAUCGCCGUGUUCUUCUGGGCCUUGCUCAUCCUCAUUUUUUGCAACGUGAAACGGGUUAACCCGGCCGACAUCAAGACGGGCUACCUGUCAAUCAUCAUGGACCCGGGGGAGGUGCCUCUGGAUGAGCAGUGCGAAUACCUGCCCUACGACUCGUCGCAGUGGGAAGUCUCCAGGGACAGACUGCAGCUGGGGAAGGUUCUGGGCCACGGCGCGUUUGGGAAAGUAAUUGAGGCCUCUGUGUACGGCAUCAGCAAGAGCAGCAGUUUGGACACGGUGGCUGUGAAGAUGCUGAAGGAUGGAGCCACCGCCAGCGAGCACAAGGCCUUGAUGUCAGAGCUGAAGAUACUGAUUCACAUCGGUCACCACCUGAACGUGGUGAACCUGUUAGGAGCCUGCACCAAACCCAACGGUCCGCUGAUGGUGAUAGUGGAAUAUUGCAAGUACGGGAAUCUGUCUAACUUCCUACGAGCCAAGAGAGAGUUCUUCCUGCCAUACAGGGAUCGCUCUCCAAAAACACAGAACCAGGUGAGACGGAUGAUGGAAGCCGGCCAGAUGGACCAGAGGGCUCACCAGCCGCCGGGCCCGGCCUCCUCCUCUGCGCUCGCCAGUCACCAGAACCCCUCGUCCAUCGGGGCUAGCGAGGCUCCUGCUCUGGAGAAGAUGGAGGACCUGUGGAAAACGCCGCUGACCAUAGAGGAUCUAAUAUGCUACAGUUUCCAAGUGGCUCGUGGAAUGGAGUUCCUGGCCUCCAGAAAGUGUAUCCACAGAGACCUGGCAGCCAGGAACAUUCUCCUGUCAGAGAACAACAUUGUGAAGAUCUGUGACUUCGGUCUGGCCAGAGACAUAUACAAAGACCCCGACUACGUCAGAAAAGGCAACGCUCGUCUGCCGUUGAAGUGGAUGGCUCCAGAGAGCAUCUUUGACAAAGUGUACACCAGCCAGAGUGACGUCUGGUCGUUUGGGGUUCUGCUGUGGGAGAUCUUUUCACUGGGUGCGUCUCCGUAUCCGGGGGUUCAGAUCGACGAGGAGUUUUGCAAACGCCUGCGAGACGGCGUCCGGAUGAGAGCGCCGGAGACGGCCUCCCCCGAAAUAUACGGCAUCAUGCUGGCCUGCUGGCAGGGAGAGCCCAAGGAGAGGCCCACCUUCCCGGCUCUGGUGAAGACGCUGGGAGACCUGCUGCAGGACAACGGUCUACCAGACGGCAAGGACUACGUCCCUCUGAAGCACUCGCAGAGCUCGGAGGACGACGGCUUCUCGCAGGCCUCGUCGCGGCCGCCGUCUGAGGAGGAGCUCAGACUGCCCUGCAACACGUUGCCCACUAGGUAUUAUAACUGUGUGCCUUUUGCCGGCUGCGUGUUUGUGGGACCGUCUACAAUGUGCCAACCCAGAGUGAAGACGUUCGAGGAGUUGCCCCCGCAGAAAGCUCCGCAAGAUAACCAGUCAGACAGCGGGAUGGUUCUGGCGUCCGAGGAAUUCCAGAGAAUUGAGCACAAGCAUCGCGGCGCCGUCUCCAAAAGUCGUAUGGGCAGCAGCAGCAGCACGGAGCCUCUGACGGCCUCCCAAGGCUCCCCGGGUCGGAGCUGCUCCAGGCACCGUCCCAACUUCUUCAGCCAGCUGUCGGGACAAACCUUCUACAACAACGAGUACGGACACCUGUCUGAGGAGGGCUUCUGUGACUUCUUCUCCACGCCUGACGCCCCCUGCCUGGCCUCUUCCAACGUGUAACCUUAACCUAAGACGCGGCACGAAUAAUAGGAUGGGCUUAAACCGGAGUGCAGGGGACCCCUAGUGUAGAUGGAGAUCAGGUUAUAGAUCCUUGCCACCAUUCCUUUUUGAACACGCCCUGUUCAAACAGACUGAUGUGCCUGCAAUUCUUCCAACCAGCCACUGGGUGGCAGCAUUACGUCAAAAACCCUGAUUAUUUUUACAUUCAUACAUAUUUUUAUGUUUUAUAUAAAAUAUUCUUCUAAUGUACAAAUAAUGAAUCAUAUGGAAAGAAGUUAAAAAAUAUAUCUCGUUCCGAAAUGA